AUGCUGAACAAGCACUGUUUUGAAGCUCUAGACAUAACUUUAAAUGACAUUAUGAAGACUCAAGCAACUUUGGGUCAUGAUAAACUGUUUUGUGAAAAAGUAGUUGUUUUGGGUGGAGACAUCAGGCAGAUUCUUCCAGUCAUUUUUAAAGGAAGUAGAUCUGACAUCGUUUCUUUUGCUGUGAAUUCUUCAUACCUAUGGAAUCAUUGCGAUGAGACAGUUAAGCCAAUCGAUGAGGAUGAUUCUAUUAUAGAGAUUCCCUCUGAUUUGUUGGUAAGAGAGUCUGAUAAUCCUUUACUUGAGUUAGUAUAUUUUGCAUAUCACAAUGUUGUUGAUAAUUUGGAAAACCAUGCAUAUUUUGAACAAAGAGCACUCCUCGCACCUACUCUUGAAAGAGUUGAAGAGGUAAAUAACUUCAUGAUGUCAAUGAUUCCUGUGGAGGUAACAAAAUAUUUGAGUUACGAUACUCCAUGUAGGUCAGAUAAAGAUUCUGAAAUAGAUGUAGAAUGGUUCACUUCAAAAUUCCUAAAUGAUGUUAAAUGCUCUGGUAUUCCCAACCACAUAAUUGUUCUGAAAGUUGGGGUUCCUAUCAUGCUGAUUCGAAACAUUGAUCAGUCUGCUGGAUUGUGUAAUGGAACUAGAUUGAUAGUGACUGCUUUGACACCCUAUAUAGCUCUUUCCGGUACAAAAACAGAUUCAAUAUAUUUGAAGUGA